UAUGACGCAUGUGAUUGACAGAUUAGCAAUGAUACGACUGGCAGCCUACUCAACUUGUUGAAGUCAGUUAAACGGCAGCAUUCAUGGGUUGAUCCCAUAUUUUUUAUUACUCGAGUUGUACCUACCUUAUUUCACAGAGAGAUUAGUUCGUGUAUGUUUGAUCAAUGUGUGAUGGAUUGGCACGAGUGAACUCGAGUGAACUUUUGUAAUUCCAUGCAUCUGUAGUUGUGCCUGACACUUGUAAACAUUUAAACAUCACAUUUGACCGUAACAAUGGAAGGAGGCAUAUUAGAAAAUCCAGAGGCUACUCUAGAUAGAUCCGAUGAUGAGAUUGCCUUGCAAGGAUUCUGCAGUCCAAAAAAAUCACUACACAAGGUUUUUGGCCUGACGUUAAUGUGCCUGUUAGGCUUUGGUUCUUACUUUUGUUUCGACAAUCCUGGUGCUUUGCAAGAUAAUUUUAAAACUGACCUACAAAUGCCAACUAGCCAAUUUGUUUUAUUAUAUUCUAUUUACUCGUGGCCUAACGUGAUCCUUUGUUUUAUUGGUGGAUUUUUAUUAGACAGCGUAUUUGGCAUACGUCUAGGAACAAUUAUAUAUAUGGGACUUACAUUAAUCGGUCAGAUUAUAUUUGCAACUGGUGCUACAAUUAAUACCUUUUGGUUAAUGAUGGUUGGUCGCUUUGUUUUUGGCAUUGGUGCAGAAUCAUUAGCUGUUGCUCAAAAUAGUUAUGCUGUUCUGUGGUUUAAAGGAAAGGAGUUGAACUUGGUGUUUGGUUUGCAACUAAGUUUCGCUAGAGUAGGAUCAACUGUGAACUUUUUAGUAAUGGAACCAAUUUAUAAUUAUGUAUCUCAGUAUUACAAAGGACCAGAAUGUAUUGGCAUAGCUCUCUUUCUUGCCGCUCUUACUUGUGUGAUUUCUAUGAUCUGUGCAUGUGUACUGGGUAUUAUGGACAAGCGUGCUGAGCGAUUAUUAAGAAGAGGGGAGGGACAAGAAACUGAAGCCGUUAGUUUAACAGACGUUAAAGAUUUUAAGCUAAUAUUUUGGUUGAUUGCUCUCAUUUGCAUUGCUUAUUAUGUCGCAAUAUUUCCAUUUGUCGCAUUGGGAAAAGUAUUUUUUGAACGAAAGUAUGCGUUUGAACCAUCAAAUGCAAAUACUGUUAAUUCCCUUGUGUAUUUCAUAUCAGCUAUUGCAUCUCCCAUACUGGGUUAUCUUGUUGAUAAAACUGGAAAAAAUGUUUCCUGGGUGUUUAUUAGUGUUCUUGUAACUAUAGUAGCUCAUGGACUACUCGCAUUCACAUAUGUAAAUCCUUAUGUAUGCAUGAUUCUUAUGGGAUUAGCAUACUCUAUGCUCGCUAGUAGUUUAUGGCCAUUGAUAGCACUUGUUACUCCAGAAUAUCAGCUUGGUACUGCUUACGGAAUUGCACAAGCUGUACAAAAUUUGGGUUUGGCCGUAGUUUCAAUACUAGCUGGUAUAAUUGUUGAUCAUGGUGGAUAUUUUAUGCUUGAGAUGUUUUUCUUGGGUUGGCUAUGGAUUUCGUUGAUAACUGCUGUUGCAAUCUGGGUAUCGGAUGCAGCAACUACUGGUGGUUAUCUGAACAUGACACCAAGUCAGAGAGAAAAAUAUGAACAAAUUCAACGAACACCAGAAAGUCUUGAAAGAGAGAAGUUAUUGACUUCGGAAUCUACUUCAGAUUUAUCGACUGACGAUCUUUUACAACCACAAUCCGAUAUUAGUAUUAGAAAUCGUUAUCUUUCUCGUAUCGGAGAAAUGGUACCGCCUAAUAUAAAAACACCGAUUCAUCGGCCAUUACGAUGAUGCAUUUUAUUUAGAUAAAUUUAAAAUACAAAUAGCUACAUUCAUUGAAAAUCUCUGUAAAAAGAGUUGCUCACUGUGUCUUCCUGUUACACGGUAUCUGUGAUAAUUUCGAAAUCAAUACGUUUGAAUUAUAGUUUGAAUUAUAUAUAAUUGAUUUUUAACAAAUCAAAAAGCAUCUUUUAUUAAGAAGUUAAUAUCUGCAUGAUGACAAAUUAUUGACAAAGAUAUAUAUAUAUAUAAUAUAUAUAUAUAUAUUUAUUAUAUCCAUUUAUUGUAAUUAUGAAUAUUGAUAAUAAUGCGAUUUUGAAUGAAUGAAACACGAUCGACUUAAUAAUACAAUAUGUAAUAUAUCUGUAACAUGAAUGAAUCAAGAAUUAUUUUCUACCUCUUGUUUAAAAGAAAAUCUAUAUAAGGGUUUUAAAUUACUUGUUUAAUACAUGUAUUUAAGCGUAUCUUUAUGUGCAUGUUUAACAAUGUACAAUUGAAUGAAACCAAAUGUUAUAAUUUA